CACACAACCUUUCAAAAUGAAGUCCAGAUUUACGACGAUUGACCUCCGGGCAAUACUUUACGAGAUUGGAUCCAAAUUGCUUGGACUUCGUGUACUUAAUGUCUAUGAUGUCAACAACAAAACCUACUUGAUUCGACUUGGAGGGACUGACCAGAAAGUUGUCCUGCUCUUCGAGUCUGGAACUCGCAUGCACACCACUUCAUUUGAUUGGCCCAAGAGUCAGAUGCCAUCAAACUUUUCCAUGAAGUUGAGGAAACACUUGAAGUCUAGACGUUUAACGGAGAUCAAGCAGCUAGGUGUUGACAGAGUUGUAGACUUGCAGUUUGGCUCUGAUGAGGCUGCUUAUCAUGUUAUUGUUGAGCUCUAUGACAGGGGAAACGUUGCGUUGACAGAUCACGAGUACACUAUCUUGACUCUUCUGAGGACACGUAAAGACAGUGAGGAUGUCAGGUUUGCAGUCAGAGAGAGAUAUCCCGUAGACACAGCCAGACAUCCAGACCCUAUUCCAUCAUUAGAGAGGAUACAAGAGAUCUUAGCUGCAGGAAAACCAGGAGAUAACAUCAGAAAACUACUCAAUCCUCAUUUUAUCUAUGGACCUGCCUUAAUUGAGCAUUGCCUUCUGAACCAAGGAUUCCCUUCAAAUGCAAAAGGAAACAAUGGAUUCGACAUUCAGCAAGACAUGUCCCGAGUGAUGACAUCAUUGUCAGAAGGAGAGCAGUAUGUGGAGAAAUCAGGAUCAGAAUGCAAGGGUUAUAUCAUUCAGAAGAGAGAAAAGAAGCCAGCAGCAUCGCAAGAUGGUGAAGAUGCGGAGCUAUUGACGUACACUGAGUUUCACCCAUUUCUCUUCAAACAACAUGAGUCCCAACCUUACCUUGAAUUCGACACUUUUGAUCAGGCUGCGGAUGAAUUCUUCUCAAAAAUGGAAAGUCAGAAGUUGGACAUGAAGGUUAUUCAACAGGAAAGAGGUGCACUAAAGAAGCUGGACAAUGUGAAGAAGGAUCAUGAAAAGAGGAUAAGUUCACUUCAACAAAAUCAGGAACUGAAUGAAAAGAAAGGGGCUCUGAUUGAAAUCAAUCUCCCACUGGUAGAGCAGGCUCUUCGAGUGGUUCGUAGUGCUGUAGCCAACCAGAUAGACUGGAAGGAGAUUGAUAGUAUCAUCAAGGAGGCUCAAACACAGGGUGACCCUGUAGCAUUAGCCAUCAGAAGCUUGAGACUGGACACCAACCAUUUCCAGAUGCUUCUCAGAGAUCCUUACAAACAGUAUGAUGAUGCUGAUGAAGGGGAGGAGGAUGGAGCUCGACCAAUGUUAGUAGACAUUGAUAUCGCCCAGUCAGCAUAUGCCAAUGCUAGAAAGUACUUUGUUCAGAAGAAGACAUCUCAGAAGAAAGAACAGAAGACAAUGGAAUCAUCAUCUAAGGCUAUCAAGUCUGCAGAGAAAAAGACAAUGCAAGCUUUGAAGGAUGUAGCUACAGUAGCAAGUAUCAACAAAUCUCGGAAGACAUAUUGGUUUGAGAAGUACUACUGGUGCAUCAGCUCAGAGAAUUACAUCAUCAUUGCUGGACGAGACCAACAGCAGAAUGAGAUAGUUGUCAAGAAAUAUCUCUCUCCAGGUGACAUCUAUGUUCAUGCUGACAUUCAUGGAGCUAGUAGUGUGAUCAUCAAAAAUCCUAAAGGAGGUCCUGUUCCUCCUAAGACCCUGCAAGAAGCAGGUACCAUGGCCGUUUGUUACAGCGUUGCUUGGGAUGCUAAGGUCAUUACCAGUGCAUGGUGGGUACGUCAUGACCAGGUCUCUAAGACUGCACCCACUGGCGAGUUCCUUACCACUGGGAGCUUCAUGGUCAGAGGUAAAAAGAACUUCCUUCCACCUACUCAACUUGUGAUGGGUUUUGGAUUCUUAAUGAAGAUUGAUGAAAGCUGUGCAUGGAGACACAAAGAUGAGAGGAGAAUACGAGGUACAGAUGAUGAGGAUCUUUCUUCUGUAGCUGACACAGUAGAGACUGAUAUAGUUGUUGAGGACAUUGAGGAGGAUGAUGAUGAGGAUGGAAGCACUGAGGCAGACAUACAAGAGGAUGCUGAAACAGAUGAAACAGAAAUCAAAGAGGAACAAGAAGAUGAAGAUGAAGAGGUUGGGAAUAAGGAGGAGGAGGAGGUUGAGGAGGAGGUUGAGGAGCAGUCAUCAGAGGUAAAGCAGGAGGUAGACGAUGACAAGGAGAACUUCUACCCAGAUACCACUAUACAGCUGCAUCAUGUGCAGGGUGAAAGAUAUGAGAGCCAGCGUACCUGUGGAUCUAGUGUGAUGAGUGCUGGUAGUUACCAGUCUGGUGAUGGGGAUAUAGAUGAAGAUGGAAAAGCUAUCAUCUAUCUAGGGGAUGAUGUACCUAUUGUUCUUGGAGGACCAAAGAUUAAGCCUCAGCAUAAAGCAAAUCCCAAAUUGACUGCCAAGCAAAAGAGAGACCUCAAGAAACAGAAGAAAAGAGAAGAGGGGCCUGCCCCCGACAGACCAGAUGAAAGCACACCUGACACUGGUACGAGAGAUGAGGAAGAGAAUAGCCAGGAGGAAGGAGAGGAGAAGAAUGAGAGGGUAGCAGAAGUGGAGGAUGAUGAAGAGGAAGAGGGAAAGACAGAAGAACAGAAUACAGGAGCACCUUCCGUCUCGAGAAGUGUCUCACAAUCCAGUAGUAAUACAAACCUACCACCGGCCAAAAGAGGACAAAAGCACAAACAGAAGAAGAUCAAACAGAAGUAUAAAGAUCAGGACGAGGAGGAGAGGAGGCUAAAGAUGGAAAUCUUGGCAUCUGCAGGUAAUUCUAAAGAGAUCAAGGGGAAGAAAGGUAGGAAGGCCAAGCGACAAGAGGAACAACUCCAACAAGCGCAUCAAAAACAUUUACAAGCACAAAAAAAGAACUCAAAACAAAAUGAACAACCAAAGCAACAAAGCAAUAAAGACGGCCAGCAGAAUCCACAAAAAAAGCGACAAGGCAUGUCAGUUUUAUCACAAGGAAGAACAGAUGGUCAAGAGCAGGGUCAGAGGUUAGAGGUCACUGAAGAGGUUGAAGGAGAUGGUACUGGGGUAGAAGCAGAGGAGGUCGUGGGAGGAGAUGAACAAAAGGAGAAUGCAGAACAGUCAGAAGAAUCAUCUAUCAAGCCUGUAAUAAAGACACACACCUGGCAAGCUAAGAAAAAGAAAGAAACAACAGAUGAACAAAACCAGGAGGAGUCUGAUGAUGAGGUAGAUGCAGCUGAAGCCAAUUCAAAAUUGAUGGAGGAGAGUGUAUCUGUUUUAGACACUUUGACUGGCUGUCCUGAUCCUGAAGACCUCCUACUGUUUGCAAUACCAGUGUGUGCCCCUUACAAUGUCAUGAACAGCUACAAAUUCAAAGUCAAGCUUACUCCUGGAACAGGCAAGAAAGGAAAAGCUGCUAAGACUACCCUCAAUAUGUUUCAACACUCCAAGGAAACAACUCCAAGGGAGAAAGACCUUUUCAAAGGAGUCAAGGAUGCAGAUCUAUCAAGGAAUAUACCAGGAAAGGUCAAGCUGUCAGCACCGAAUCGCAAUCAAAAGAAGAAGAAGAAAUGAUGAGGAAUAAUGCAUAGAUAAACUGUACAUGGUCUUCCUUGUAUUUUAAUGAUGUCAACCCUAUGUUCAGAACUAAUUGAUACCAGAUAUGCGUAUGUUUAUAUUACAGUGCAUUGGAUAUGGUUGCAACCCAAGACUGUUAAUAUCGUAAUUUAUACUCCUCAGGGAGUGGCGCAUGUUCACUAUUAUGUGCGUAUUAGCAAUUGAAUCCAAUGACGGGGGUAAUAAUAUUUACAAGGUUUAAGCACUUUAAAACAUUGUAUUAAGUGCUAUACAAAUGUGACUAUCAUUAUUAUUAUUAUUAUACUGAUCUCACUAUUACUGAUGCGCAUGUGUUCAUCACCUCACUAAGUUUGCUUUAGUCAACCAAACUGACCCUAAACCUUCUUAAAAACAAGGGAUUUGUACCGUAAGGGUAAUGUCAUUCUGUGUCAGGUCUAUUGAGGGUCUGGUGUUGAUCUUGUCAUCAUGACUGGGAUGUUGGGAUGUAGUAGUUCAAGUUGUAAAUCCAAUCAUUUUGUUGUUAGCUGAUCUGCUUUGAUCAAUGAAGCAUUCUGUGGAAAAGGUUCAAACAAUAAAGUUGGAUAUCAUUGUCCUUACAAAAGUACUGCUGGUACCACUCACCCACUUUUACCAUGUUCAAAGACAAUGAUAGUAAGUUUUGAAGCAUCAGUGUGUUUCUUGGUGGAGUGGGUUUUCAUUGAUGUCAAUUGGUAUGUGUUGGACUGAUCUGGAGAGACAGUCUGCCUACUCAAAAUUCACUAAACAAUUAUAUGAAAUGGGAUGGAGUACAAAUCACAAGAAGGCAGUUAAAAACCUACUCCAUCUCAAAGUAGGCUAGAGUUUCAGUACUUAUUCUCUAUUAUCUUGUAACUUUCUAAAAGUGGGCAAGUGGUGUCAGUUUAAUUCAGAUGUAGAUCACUUAGAGUUUAAAAACACAACAGACACUUUGUGAGAAAGAUGUGAUUUUUUUAAAGACCUCAAUCACUGGUGAAUUUACUGAAUAAGCAGCAUUGCAUGGUCAGAUAAGCAUUCUAUACAAUAAACCUGAAAUUGUACUACCGGUACUUAAGAAUUUUAAAAGAUCUUGGAAUAAUUUUUGUUUUGCAUUAUAAUGUUAAUUCAAAUGCGUGAUAUAUCAAUAAUGUUGGCCGCUCAAUGCAUAUGUCUUUAAAAGCUAUAUUUCCGUUACCUUUGUUUAUAACAUGACAAGUGGCCACAUAUGGCAUACUAUAGUUGCCAAUUUGAUAUGCCAUGAUUAGUGGGUACUUAAACUGUAACUGCAUUAUCAUUUAUCCAAACAGGAUUGAAUACUAAAAGCAAUCACUGGAGCACUGUUUAGCAUUAUAAGCAAUGGUCAAUAAAUAUAUUUAUUUUAAGAAUGAAAGUUUAAAGAAUAUAAACAUUUUGUAUUUUGAUGAUUGAAACUGAACUUGAUCGACAGGAAAGUACCAUAUCAAUUAUUGUCAUUAAGAUUUUGGCAUAAUCAUGGAUGCAACUCAUAGUUACCCAUGUACCUUGUUCAAUUUUUAUUAUACAGACAUACUUUAAAUGUGUAUUAAAUGAAUAGAUGUUAUUAUGUGUACAGUAUGAAAUGUAAUGUUAUCUAUGAGAUAUUUACAUUUCAAUAAAAGUCAUUUUUCAUUUUCGGUUUGUGGGGACCCAUGAUUCUUUAAACUUAUUUCAGUUGCAAUACCUUUGUCACUCUAAGCUUUGAUUUCCCUGAAAAGCUUUAACAUUUAGACCAGGAUACCAGUAUUUUGUGGAUUAUAACUGGCCAAGUUUGAAUUCAAAACCAAGUGUAUUCAACUUGACAUAGUAAAACAAAGGGGUAAACCAGACAAUGUUUAUAGUGCUAUGUAAAAUUGUCAAAUAAAUCAUGCUAUUAUUAAAAAUUAA